GUUUAUGCGUAAGGACCACGUGACCUCCUCCCUUUCCGGCCUCGCUGCUGCCUGGCUGGGCGCUCCUUGGGGUCUGGCUGCCGCGUGAGGAGUAGCUGCCGCCAUCAUGCCGGUCUAUUUCCAGCGGCCCGAGAACGCCCUGAAGCGGGCGAACGAAUUUCUUGAGGUUGGGAAGAAGCAACCUGCCCUUGAUGUUCUCUAUGAUGUUAUGAAAAGUAAAAAACACCGAACAUGGCAAAAGAUCCACGAGCCGAUUAUGCUGAAGUACCUAGAACUCUGUGUGGACCUCCGCAAGAGCCAUCUGGCAAAAGAAGGGUUAUAUCAGUACAAGAAUAUCUGCCAACAGGUGAACAUCAAAUCCUUGGAAGAUGUAGUUCGAGCCUAUUUAAAACUAGCAGAAGAAAAAACUGAAGCUGCCAAAGAAGAAUCUCAGCAGAUGGUGCUGGAUAUAGAAGAUUUAGAUAAUAUUCAGACUCCAGAGAGUGUUCUCCUAAGUGCUGUAAGUGGGGAAGACACUCAAGAUCGUACUGAUCGGCUACUUCUGACACCUUGGGUUAAAUUUCUAUGGGAGUCAUACAGGCAAUGCCUGGAUCUUCUUAGAAACAAUUCUAGAGUGGAGCGCCUCUACCAUGAUAUUGCACAGCAAGCUUUCAAGUUCUGUUUGCAGUAUACUCGUAAGGCUGAAUUUCGCAAACUCUGUGACAAUCUGAGAAUGCAUUUGGGUCAGAUUCAGCGACAUCACAAUCAAAGUACAGCCAUCAAUCUCAAUAAUCCUGAAAGUCAGUCAAUGCACUUGGAAACCAGGCUUGUACAGCUGGACAGUGCUAUCAGCAUGGAACUGUGGCAGGAAGCCUUCAAAGCAGUGGAGGAUAUACAUGGACUCUUCUCCUUGUCCAAAAAACCUCCCAAGCCGCAACUGAUGGCAAAUUAUUACCACAAAGUUUCUACUGUAUUCUGGAAAUCAGGAAAUGCACUUUUUCAUGCUUCCACACUUCAUCGUCUUUACCAUCUCUCAAGGGAAAUGCGAAAGAAUCUUACGCAGGAGGAAAUGCAGAGGAUGUCAACAAGAGUCCUCUUGGCCACUCUGUCAAUCCCAAUAACUCCAGAGCGAACUGACAUUGCUCGUCUUUUGGACAUGGAUGGCAUAAUUGUUGAAAAGCAAAGGCGGUUAGCAACGCUCCUGGGACUUCAGGCUCCUCCUACACGAAUCUCUCUCAUUAAUGACAUGGUGAGAUUCAAUGUUGUACAGUAUGUUGUCCCGGAUGUGAAAGAACUUUAUAACUGGCUGGAAGUAGAUUUUCACCCACUGAAGUUAUGUGGUCGUGUUUGUAAGGUUCUAAACUGGGUAAGAGACCAAUCUGAAAAGGAACCAGAACUGCAGUUGUAUAUCCCUCAUCUGCAAAACAAUACUAUCCUCAGACUUCUUCAGCAGGUGGCCCAAAUUUAUCAGUCCAUUGACUUUUCUCGUCUGACUACUCUGGUUCCUUUUGUUGAUGCUUUCCAACUGGAGCGUGCAAUAGUAGAUGCAGCCAGGCAUUGUGACUUGCAAGUUCGUAUUGAUCACACCACUCGAACACUGAGCUUUGGAUCAGAUUUGAAUUACUGUACUCGGGAAGAUGCUCCUGUUGGACCGCAGCUGCAAAGCAUGCCUUCUGAGCAGAUCAGGAACCAGCUGACUGCUAUGUCUUCUGCGCUAGCAAAGGCUCUUGAGGUGAUUAAGCCACCUCACUUGUUGCUAGAGAAGGAAGAGCAGCAUCAACAGGCUGUAACAGCUUACUUAAAAAAUUCACGGAAAGAGCAUCAGCGUAUCCUUGCUCGACGUCAGACCAUUGAGGAAAGAAAGGAACGUCUUGAGAAUUUGAAUAUUCAGCGUGAAAAAGAAGAGUUGGAACAGCGUGAGGCUGAACUUCAAAAGGUUCGCAAAGCUGAAGAGGAGAGGCUGCGGCAGGAGGCAAAGGAGAGAGAAAAAGAGCGCAUUCUGCAGGAACAUGAACAAAUCAAAAAGAAGACUGUUCGUGAACGACUGGAGCAGAUUAAGAAGACUGAACUGGGAGCCAAGGCCUUCAAAGAUAUUGACAUUGAAGAUCUUGAAGAAUUGGAUCCUGAUUUCAUUAUGGCAAAACAAGUUGAACAGCUGGAGAAAGAAAAAAAGGAACUUCAGGAGCGUCUGAAGAAUCAGGAGAAAAAGAUUGACCAUUUUGAAAGAGCAAAGCGCUUAGAAGAAAUUCCUCUCAUUAAGAGUGCCUAUGAAGAGCAAAGAAUCAGAGAUAUGGAGCUUUGGGAGCAGCAAGAAGAGGAGAGGAUUACAACCAUGCAAUUGGAGCGUGAAAAGGCCCUUGAGCAUAAGGGCAGACUAUCAAGGAUGAUGGAAGACAGAGAUUUAUUUGUAGCUAGGCUCAAGGCAGCAAGGAAAUCUGUUUAUGAGGAAAAACUUAAACAAUUUCAAGAACGACUGGCAGAAGAAAGGCAUAACCGUAUGGAGGAACGGAAGAGACAGCGCAAAGAGGAAAGGCGUAUUACUUAUUACCAGGAGAAGCAGGAGGAAGAAGAAAGGCUGAAGGAGGAGAAGAUGCUUAAGGAACAAGAAGAAAAAGAACGUGCUGAACGUGAAGAACGUGAGCAAAAAAUGCUUGAAUAUCAGGAACAGGUCAGAAAACUAGAGGAAAUGGAGAGGAAGAAACGCCAGAGAGAACUGGAGAUUGAAGAGAGAGAGCGUCGUCGAGAGGAAGAGAGGAGAAGCCAUGAAGAUCCACUUUCGAGGAAGGACUCUCGCUGGGGUGAUAGAGAAACUGAAGGUAACUGGAGAAGAAGUGCUGAGCCAGAGUCAGAGUGGAGACGCCCAGCACCAGAAAGAGACUGGCGUCGUGGGGAAACACGUGAUGAAGAAAAACCUUUCAGAAAAGAUGAAGCAGUUCAACAGAAUGCUCCAGAAGACAGAGCAUCAUCCCCCCAUGAAGCAUCAGAGGAAAAAGUCUUGAAGCGUGAUCUUGAUGAAGAAAGAGAUAGUAAAAGAGCCCAGGAUGAUGACAGACCUAGUUGGCGCUCCAUGGAUGACCGGGGACCGAGGAGGGGACUGGACGAUGACAGAGGCCCAAGGCGAGGGCUGGAUGAUGACAGAGGGCCGAGGCGAGGACUGGACGAUGACAGAGGCCCGAGGCGGGGGCUGGACGAUGACAGAGGCCCAAGGCGGGGGCUGGACGAUGACAGAGGCCCGAGGCGGGGACUGGAUGAUGACAGAGGCCCGAGGCGGGGGCUGGACGAUGACAGAGGCCCGAGGCGGGGACUGGACGACGACAGAGGCCCGAGGCGGGGACUGGACGACGACAGAGGCCCGAGGUGGGGACUGGAUGAUGACAGAGGCCCGAGGCGAGCACUGGAUGAGGACAGAGGCCCGAGGCGGGGGCUGGACGACGACAGAGGCCCGAGGCGGGGACUGGACGAUGACAGAGGCCUGAGGCGGGGGCUGGAUGAUGAACGGUCUAGUUGGCGCAACACAGAUGAUGACAGGGGCCAAAGGCGGGGGCUGGAUGAUGACAGAAUUUCAAGACGUGAUGAAGAUAGGGGAUCAUGGCGUAAUGCAGAUGAGGAUAGAAUCUCAAGGCGUGAUGAUGAUCGUGGACCCAGGCGUACUGGGGAUGACGACAGAGGCCCUAGACGUGGAGACGAUUCGAGACAUGGGGAUGAUUCCAGACCUGGACCUUGGAGACCUUUUGGCAAACCAGGUGGAUGGAGAGAAAGAGAAAAAGCUCGUGAAGACAGCUGGGGGCCGCCACGAGACUCCAGGCCUUCAGAAGAUCGGGAAUGGGAUAAAGAUAAAGAUUGUGACGAGAAUGAAAAGGACCGAGAGAUUGACAAAGAUCGUGACUUGGAUCGAGAAGAUCGUUUUAGGCGUCCUAGGGAUGAUGCUGGCUGGAGGAAAGGUCCAGCUGAAGAAGCCUCCAGCUGGAGAGAUUCAGGUCGUCGUGAUGAACGGGAUCGACCUGGUCGUGACUCUAGAGAUGACUGGAGUGGCCGUGACCGAGAUCGACGUGGAGAAGAAAGAGAAAAGAGAGGACCACCACCUCCCAGAAUAGAUCGGGAAGAAAUGAGCUCCUGGAGACGAGGCGAUGACCGAAAGGAAGAGCGAGAAGAACGUGAAGUGGUUCGGCGACUGCCUGUUUCUGCUGCUCCUCCACCUUCUGUCUCAAAAGAGCAAGAAAAAGAUGAUGAGAAAGAGAAGGGAGCCUGGAGAACCGAAAAAGAGAAAGAAUUCCUUCGUCGCACUAAAAAUGAAACUGAUGAAGAUGGUUGGACCACCGUGCGACGUUAAGUUUAAAACCUGAACAUGGUUUUUCAUAUGGUGUUUAGCAUUGAUUUGAUAACAGAAUAUAACGUUGGUGCUUUAACACUUUGAAUUGGUAUUCUUUAACAAAAUUUUCUAGGUAAUAUGGAAGCAUGAAAUUCUAUUACUUGUACGUAGACUGAUCAUGCACAGAACUUGCAAUUAAAAGUUGGAAAUUAAAUACUGGUAACCCAAAACUUCAAAUGUUGUAUAUGUGACAGAUCACUUGGUGGUAAGAAAUAAUAAUAACUCUGUCAGUAACUUUGAGUGGCACAUAUAUCUGUCAAAAGUAAACCUAAUGUUUAUUUUGAGUAACUCUGAACUUGGGUAUAGUUUACAAAGCAUACAUUUAUAAUUCUAUAAAUCUAUGCUUUGAAAAAACCAUAUGGUCUAAGGGGAUAUAAGAGCACCUUCAUAUUGGGGUAUUUUUAUGGAAAGAGGGUUUGUUUUUUUUUGCUGGUGAUCAUAUACACAUUUAGUAUGUGUUAAUCUGGAUUGCAUUCAGUAAUUGUUAUGGACUUCUAGCUUCACUGGGAUUUUUUUUCUUUUGUAGAUUUCACUUAAAUGCUGAUACUUAUACCCUUUUACAGUCUUUAUUCUGACAGUGAAUGUCACUACAGUGUCAAAACAACAAAACAUCAGGCUUUUAACAUGAAAGUGUUUGAGUAAACCAUACUGCUGAGGUUUCCCCACCCCCAGUUGCCAAUAGACUAUCUGCUUUUUCUGUUAUAGAUAAUUCAAACCUUUUGAAGCAUUUAUAUAUAGUGUCAUAUUUCAGAUAUGUGGUCUGGAGGAACUGCUUGCUCUUCCCUUCCUUCCCAGUUUCUUGUCUUUGGGGGUAGGUGCUUUGCCUUUAAACAGGUGCUUUGUAGUAAGGGCUGGGUCGACUUCAGUGAGGGGUGGGUUGAAGUAGCACAUGAAUGGUUGUUUUUAAUUGAAGCCAACACAGAACUUGCUGCUGUGUGUUAACUUCAAUGAUAAAUAAACUUAACAAAAUGA